CCCCCCGAAAUGGAAAUAUAGGGGUUAUUGGGUGAGAUGGUGUUUACAGUUAGGCUUUCUGGACUACCCUUGGCAGGGGCUUAGCGGCUGGCAGUCGCUGACUGAUAGGGCCUGGGGACUGACCACCUCCCUCUCCUUCCUGAAUAGCCCUGCCGGGCCUGGCCUGGGCGGGUGAGGAAGCUGGCAGCACUUACUAGAAGCUUCUACCCUAUAGUUAUGUCCCUGACCUCGGUGCUUGGGGGCGGGAAGGGUGGGUCGGCUGCAGCCAGCCUGUGGCUGGGGAACCUCCUUGUCUUGGGCUUGAAGUUGCUCUGUUGGGAAGAGGUAUUUUUUCCGGUUAAGGCCGAUUUCGGGAAUUGGGCUAGGGCCCGCCUGAUUUUCCCUUCCAAGUGUCCUGUUUGCUUGUCCUGUGUGUAUGGCCCAGUGGCCAGCUUGGGGUGCCUCUCAAUGGGGCAUAGAUGUUGAUGGGGAAGGAGUGACUGGCUGAUCAUCUACCCAGGGAUGCCCUCAGGAGCAGCCUACCCUGUUCCAGACAGUUCCUCUCUCCCUUCAGGCGCCAAGGACUCCAAAGAAUUGUGCGCUGCCCCACAGCUCCCUACCUGUGCAUCCCUAACUGCAUGGAGCACUAAACCCGCUCAACCUCGCUAAGAUGCUCCUGGCCUCUCCCUCCACACCAUCGAGGGGACGAACCCCAAGCGCCGUAGAGAGGCUGGAGGCGGACAAAGCAAAGUACGUCAAGACGCACCAAGUGAUAGUUCGUCGCCAGGAGCCAGCCCUGCGCGGAGGACCAGGACCGCUGACACCACACCCUUGCAAUGAUCUGGGGGCCUCUGCAUCGCCCAGGACUCCUGGGCCUGCCCGCCGGGGUAGCGGCAGGCGACAACCAAGGCCUGACUCCCUCAUUUUCUACCGCCAGAAGCGGGACUGCAAGGCUUCACUGAACAAAGAGAACGCCAAGGGCCAGGGGCUAGUACGACGCCUCUUCUUAGGAGCGCCCCGGGACGCUGUCCCGAGCAGCCGAGGACCUACAGAGAGACCCGGGGCACCCGCGGGGUUAGCUGCGUCCCCAGAGACUCCGGAGGCGACAGGGAAGCGUGCACUAUGUCCCACGUGCUCGCUGCCGCUGUCGGAGAAGGAGCGCUUCUUCAACUACUGCGGCUUGGAGCGCGCGCUGGUGGAGGUGCUGGGCGCCGAGCGCUUCUCUCCGCAGAGCUGGGGCGCGGAGCACAGUCCACAGGUCACGUCGCCGCCACCCGGCUCCGGAGACACCAGCGAUUGGACAUCCAGCGACGGCGACGCUGGCAGUCCGGACUGCGCGGGCGGCGGCGGCGGCUCGGAGGCGGCGGGGUCGGCGCGAGACGGACGCCCCCAGGUGUCGGUGGUGGAACGCAACGCUCGCGUCAUCCAGUGGUUGUACGGCUGCCAGCGGGCGCGCGCCCCUCCCCGAGAGUCGGAGGUGUGACCGCCACCACACGGGAGACCGCAUCUGGAGAGCUCGCCUCGUCCCGUGAAGAAACCUUUCCCCGGAUCUGUCCCCCCC